UUGGUAACGCCUUUCAAAUGUUCUUUUGAAGUGUUUGUUUUUUGUGUAACGGAAUUGAGAUUGUUUGUCGGCCAUUACGGUUCGAGGUUCAUCGCGUGGCUUCUCGCGUUAUACAGUUUUUGCCCCUAUUACUCAAUCCUAAUUGUUCUUGUAAUGGAUCAGCAAAGAGGACGAGGACGAGCAAGGGGCCGUGCCAGGGGAGCUGGCGAUCAGGCAGGUGGUCCUCCGCAGCCGAGGGCGCAACAAGCUCCAAGAGCGCGCGGUCCGCCGGGUCCGCCACAAUCUCGCGGUCCUCCGCCGGGCAUGGCUGGACCACCUCCGCAACAAGCUUGGGGACAACCGACACAGGUCAUGCAGCAAGCGCGUGCACCUCACCCAAGUCAAACUCAUCCUGUUGGAGGACGAGCUACCCAUCGUAGCGACGCUCCUAGUGCAGAAGCACAGCAUUCGGGUACAAUUGGUGGUGAUAAUGGUAAUGGUGGAGAUAAUGGAGCUGCGGGAAGACGUGGUAAUAUGCGUGGACGUCGUCAGUUACACGUAGGCGGUACAAUCAUGCGCACUCGUCCUGAAGCUCUUCCGACGAAGAAAGGUACCCAUGGAAAUCCGGUCAAGUUAUGUGCAAAUUACUUUAAAUUACUCCAAAAACCAGAUUGGUCUUUGUAUCAAUAUCGUGUAGAUUUUUCCCCAGAAGAGGAUCGAACCAAUGUAAAAAAAGGCCAGUUCCGGCGAGCCACUAGAGAGGUGUUGACCGGUUACAUUUUUGAUGGCACAGUUAUGUUUACACCAACCCGACUCAAUCCAGAUCCGAUGGAAUUAUUUAUUAAGGAUGAACAUACCAAUGCUGAUGUUAGAAUAAGUAUUCGAUUAGUGAAAGACGUUGCGGCAGGCGAUUACCAAUACCUGCAACUUUUUAACAUUAUCAUGCGAAAAUGUCUCUCCCAUUUGAACCUGCAGUUAGUAGGUCGCAACUUUUUUGAUGCUGUUGCCAAGGUGUCUAUACCAGAACAUCAUAUGGAGUUAUGGCCCGGGUAUGUCACUUCCAUCAGACAACACGAGAACGAUAUUUUAAUGUGUGCAGAAAUAACACAUAAAGUUAUGCGUUAUGACACAGUUUUACAAUUAUUGAACGAGUGUGUCGAAUCCGACAGGAAUAAUUAUAAGACACUUUUCCAAAAGAGAAUUAUCGGCAGCGUCGUGUUAACGGAAUACAAUAAUCGUACUUACCACAUUGACGAUGUUGAUUUUAACACCUCGCCUUCGUCAACGUUUAAUAAGCGAGAUGGAACAUCAAUCAGUUUUGUCCAAUACUUUAAAGACAGAUACAAUUUGAAUAUUAGCGACAAAAGACAACCCAUGUUGGUAUCCCGCGCGAAGGCACGCGAAAUUCGUUCCGGCAUGGCGGAGAUGGUGUUUUUGGUGCCAGAAUUGUGCCGCAUGACCGGUCUAACUGAUUCACAACGUGCGAACUUCCAAUUGAUGCGUGCCUUGGCCGAUCACACUAGAGUUGGUCCAGGAGCAAGAAUUCAAAAAUUGUUGGCGUUCAGUCAACGCUUGCGAUCAAAGCCAGAGAUCGUUCAAGAACUGCAACAGUACGAUUUGGCUCUUGCAAAUAAUUUAGUGGAGUUUGCAGGUCGCGUGUUACCUCCAGAAAAGAUCAUGUGCGGCGACGGUAGAUCUUAUUCUGCAGGAGCUGAAGUCGACUGGACCCGUGAACUGCGCUCUAAUGCCAUGGUACACGCUGUGCCCCUAAACACGUGGGUGGUAGUAUGUCCCAACAGAGUGAAGGAUAAAGCGCAGUCGUUUGUUCAAAUGCUUACUAGAGCAGCCAACGGAAUGCGUUGGAAUCUUCCUUUCCCUAAACUGCAAGAGAUCAGAGAUGAUAGAACACCAUCCUAUAUAGACGGCAUCGAUGCGGCAAUGGCUAACCAUAACCCACAACUGAUAAUGUGCGUCGCAACUAAUAAUAAAGCAGAUCGCUAUGCGUCUAUAAAGAAAAAGUGUUGCGUCGAGAAAGCAGUUCCUACGCAAGUUAUUCUGGCCAAGAAUCUCGACUCAAAGGGCGCCAUGUCCAUAGCUACGAAAGUUGCAAUACAAUUAAACUGCAAAAUAGGAGGGGCGCCCUGGUCUAUACCGUUGCCAUAUAAAAAUCUCAUGGUAGUUGGGUAUGAUGUUUGUCACGAUGCGAGCCACAAAGAGAAGAGUUACGGUGCUCUAGUUGCUACUCUGAACCCGGAGUGUAUACGAUAUUUUUCGAGCGUGACCGCUCAUUUCUCUGGAGAGGAACUCUCCAAUGAUCUCGCUCUAGGUGUUAUCAAAGCUUGUCGCAAAUGGGAGUCCAUUAACGGAUCACUGCCAGAUAAAAUUAUGAUCUACAGAGACGGCGUCGGUGAUGGCCAGUUGCCGUAUGUGUUUGAACACGAAGUGAAAAAUGUAAUGAAUAAAUUGGGAGAGCUGUAUGGAGGUGAGAAUAAAGUGAAACUAUCAUUUAUAGUAGUUUCCAAACGUAUAAACACGAGAAUUUUUGCUGGUCCAAACAAUCCUGCACCGGGAACCGUAGUGGAUGACGUGAUUACACUGCCAGAAAGAUACGAUUUCUUUAUUGUAAGCCAAUGUGUGCGCCAAGGCACAGUUUCUCCCACUAGUUAUAAUGUCAUUUUCGACAGUAUGGGUUUAGAUGCAGAUAAAAUCCAAAGAUUGACUUAUAAACUGACCCACAUGUAUUUUAAUUGGUCCGGAGCAGUGAGGGUUCCUGCACCUUGCCAAUAUGCCCAUAAGCUCGCUUUUUUGAUUGGGCAAUUUGUUCAAAGGAACCCAAGUCCUGAUUUGGAGAAUGUGUUGUAUUACCUAUAAUAUCUUACUACUUAUGAUUUGUGUUUUGUUUUUAUAAGCUUCACUUUAUUUCGUAGAAUUUUCUUUUAUUUUUCCUUUUUUCGAAACACAUUUAGGUUUUCUUUAGAUUUUUAGAGUUUCUGACAUUUUUGACCGUUUACUAUUUUAAGGAAUUUCAUAGUUCCUUUAGAUAUAAGUGUUAUGUUCUUGAAGAUAUCUCAUUGUUAUAUCUGAAAAGUAUUAUAUCUUAGAAUUUAAGAUUUUGUACGCAUUAAAAAUAUUUUCUUUAA